GAUCUCACUUUGCAAAGCAUCUCAUUGCACUAAACUGCUCACUGCAUUUGCAUGCACGUGGCCAAGAAGAGUUUGGCAUCCAUGGCGGCUUCGGCGACGACGACCAUCCUCGUGGCGGCGAUGUUGGUGGUGAUGGCGGUGGAGUCUCCGGUGGCGAACGGGCAGGCGGCGGCGGCUGCGCCGGCGCCGGCGCCGGCGGCGCCGAAGACGAUCACGGCGAUCCUGACCAAGGCCGGUCAGUUCACCAAGUUCCUCCAGCUACUGCAGUCGACGCAGGCCGGCGAGCAGAUCAACAACCAGAUCAAGGGGAAGGCGUCGUCCUCCGGCGGGCUCACCGUGUUCGCGCCGCCGGACAACGCGUUCGCGGCGCUCCCCACCGGCACCCUCAACAAGCUCUCCGACCAGCAGAAGACGUCGCUGGUGCAGUUCCACGUCGUGUCCGCGCUGCUCCCCAUGGCGCAGUUCGACACCGUCAGCAACCCGCUCCGGACGCAGGCCGGCGAGACCGCCGCCGGCAAGUACCCGCUCAACGUCACCGCCGAGGGCUCCCGCGUGAACAUCUCCACCGGCGUCGUCAACGCCACCGUCGACAACACGCUCUACUCCGGCGACCGCCUCGUCGUCUACCAGGUCGACAAGGUGCUGCUGCCGUGGGCGCUCUACGGCCCGCCCGUGCCCGCGCCGGCGCCGUCGCCGGCGGACAAGGCCAAGAAGAAGGCCGGCCCCGUCGGCGUGGCCGACGCGCCGGCGGCCGACACGGCUGCCGGGACGACGACGACGACGGUGGCGACGGCGUCGGAGGCGGCGGCGCGGGGCACGGUGCGGCGGGGCUUGGUCGGCGUGGCCGUCGCCGUGGCUGUCGCGUGGUGUGGCAUGUGACAGUAAAGGAGAAUGUUGGAGAUUGCCAAUUCACCAUGGGAUUUUUUUUUCUUUUAAUUUUGUGGAAAGGUGUUAAAAUUGUUUUGUUGUUUUGGUUUUUCUUGUUCUUUUUGUAUGAUUUGGUAGGAUUUUGUUUUGUCCGUGUCCUAUGUUGAUCUUUUAGAGUUUUUCACUGUGUGUUGUAUGUCUUUUCGUGGUUGUUAUAUAUGUAAUAAGAAGUGUUUGUAUAUUGUGGUAUCUAAUUUGUUACUUGACAUCGUUCACCUUCCAUGUA